CUUAAACUGUGCAUUUGCUUUUGACAGACCGUGUGAUAUUUUCAGGAUAUAGUAGUUUGCUGAACAGUCAGAGAGCGACAGAGAGAGCUAUGCAAACAGUACUUUUCCUCUUUCCACAGCUAAACCUGUCAGCUCCUAAAGAAGAACCUUACUGUAGGAUAAUGCAACCUGACGUGAAUCAAGUGGAGAGGAGAGAGAUCAAAACCAGACUGAAGAAUAAAAGGAAUCGGCUAAGCCUCCUGUUGCAGAAAGCGGAAUCCAAUGAAAUCUUCAGUCCAUUCCCCAGCAAAUCAGAAAAGCCAAAUUCAUCCUAUGACGAGCCUAUAAAAUGGACCGAAUCUCUAGACAAGCUACUAGGAUAUAAAAAUGGCUUGAAUAUCUUCAGAGCUUUCCUGCAGUCAGAGUACAGUGACGAGAACCUCGAGUUCUGGCUGGCCUGUGAGGAUUACAAGAAAACUAAGUCGCCUGCAAAACGUGCCUCCAAAGCCAAGAAGAUCUACUCUGAAUUCAUAGAAACAGAUGCCGCUAAAGAGGUGAAUGUUGAUUUUCAUACCAAAGAGGUGACUAAGAAGAGUAUUUCGCAACCCACGCUCUCCUGUUUCGACUCUGCACAGAAAACAGUGUACAACCUGAUGGAGAAGGACUCUUAUCCCAGAUUCCUUAGAUCUGAGCUAUACCUGAAGUUGUUAAAGCAGGUGCAAUUUGGCAGCCUCGCUCCCAGACAGCGAUCCCAAUCCUUCACAUCAUCAACAAGUCUCCUCGAGACCCAGACAGACUUCACCAUCUGGCUUUAAAAGAAUGGAAAUAUAAGAACGGACCUUAUUUAUGGCUGUGUCCCUGUGGACUCUUUUAGUGUUGAGCACAGUUUCCCAAAUAAAGUAUUUUUCACUUGCAGAUGAACGUUCAGGAGCUGAGUUAUAUGCUGGAUCGAAAAGACAUUUUUAAGCCUACAAUCAAAUCUGUAUGAUAUAUAAACUUUAAAUUAACCUAGUUGAUGAGGCUUUGCCGUUUUAACCUGUUGUAAAUGAAAACCUCUGUAUGUAUAAGUUAUUGUGUUUUGUCAUAUUUAAUAUUGAUGUACUUGUACCGCUUCAUAUUUGUGGAUCCAGUUUUUUUCAUGAUACAAGUCUAACUUGCAUUGCCCUCAGGAGAGAAUCAAUACUUUAGUUUCAUUUAUUUUUCAAUAAACAGCAAGAACAUUUUUG